CCUAGUUUGGAUUGGUUCAUAAUUUUUCAUUUUUCUCUCUUCUUCGUUUGCCUCCGUACGCACUUCGGGAGCAUAAUUCAUUCGUUCCCACAGAAAAUUUUCUCUCUGGUCGUCGAUUUUAGUCUCGUUUGCAAUCCCGAAGCUCGCCAGUUUUAGGAUAUUGAAGUUUUUCCUUUUCUUUUCUGGCGAAGUUGCAUUUGGGACGGUUUAGCUGUGAUCGAGAUCGACUCCAGUUUUCUCUCCCGACGAUUGGUUUUGCUGCUCGGUUAAUUCCUGGGUGCAAUUUUUGUCAUCAUCAAUGGGUUACGAAGAUGAUCCGUACCGUGACGAGGAUGGCGAACCAUUGAUGGACUUUGAUCAUAUACAGUCAGACGGUGAGCAAUCCCCUGAACCGUACAAUCCCGAUGAACUAUUAGAUGAGGAUAUUGGUGAUUGGGCUGGGCGACAGCGAUCUCAGACUCCUGUUUACGAUGCGGAGGAGCCCCAAGCCAGACCUAGGAAGAGGUUGGUCAAAAAGAGUUUGGCUGGUAAGGGUUCUGUGGCCUCUAAUUUAGAUGACGAUUAUGAUGAUGCGAGGGACUUCACGCCGGACCAGUUUGUGAGGGAGGGUUCGGAGGAGAGGAAAAGGAAGAAGGGGAUUAGUAGUGGGAAAAAGGAGAAGAGAUUCAAAGGAGACAAAAAACUUGGAAGUGGUAGUGGAGGCAAGAGCAGGUUACCAAAGAAAGCUUUUUCAGGGAAGGGGAUGAAAGAUCAGGAUGGGGAUGUCAAGGAAAUGUGGGAGACUAUUGCUGGUGGCGGUUCUGAUGACGAUCAAGAAGGUAUCAGAACAGUUGACGAUGAUAAUUUUAUAGAUGAUAGUGGUGUGGAUCCUGCAGACCGAUAUGGAAGUGAUGAUGAGCCACGUUCUCCCCGCUAUGCUCCGGAGGCUGAGGAAGGUGAGGAAGACGAUGAAAUUAAUGAGCUCUUCAAGGUGGGUAAGAAGAAGAAGAAGAAUGAGAAAAGUCCUGCAGAAAUAGCAUUGCUAGUGGAGAAUGUGAUGGCUGAGCUUGAGGUCACUGCUGAAGAGGAUGCAGACCUUAACAGGCAGGGGAAACCUGCUGUCAAUAAACUGAAAAAGUUGCCACUUCUCACUGAUGUUCUUUCGAAGAAGCAGCUUCAACAAGAAUUCUUGGAUCAUGGAGUGUUAACCCUUCUAAAAAAUUGGCUUGAACCUCUACCAGAUGGGAGUUUGCCAAAUAUAAAUAUCCGGGAAGCAAUCUUGAAGAUUUUGACUGAUUUUCCAAUUGAUCUUGAACAAUAUGAUAGAAGAGAGCAGCUGAAGAAGAGUGGCCUUGGAAAGGUCAUUAUGUUUCUAUCAAAAUCUGAUGAGGAAACAACAUCCAACCGGAAACUUGCAAAAGAUUUAGUAGAUCAAUGGAGUCGACCCAUAUUUAACAAAAGUACUAGAUUUGAGGACAUGAGAAAUGUGGAAGAUGAGAGGGUGCCCUUCAGAAGACCAUUGGCGAAAAAGUCGGGAAACAAAGCUGCUGGAAUGGAAUCUCGAGAUGGGGAUCUUGACUUGGAUGAAUUUUCACAAGGACGCAAGUCUGGUCAGUCAUCCUCAAGGCAACAUGCUUCACGGCCGGAAGCAACACCAUUGGAUUUUGUCAUCCGACCCCAGUCUAAGAUAGAUCCAGAUGAAAUCAGAGCUCGUGCUAAGCAAGCUGUGCAAGAUCAACGUCGUAUGAAGAUGAACAAAAAGUUGCAGCAGUUGAAGGCUCCAAAGAAGAAGCAGCUUCAAGCAACAAAACUCAGUGUCGAGGGUCGUGGUAUGGUCAAGUACUUGUGAUAUGUUAUUAUUUAACUGGUUAUCAUAAGGAAACUCGAAGUUGGAGUCUGCCAUCUCGAUCGUGGCUGGGAAGUCCUGCAGAUGGCUUAAUAAGGAAGGACACAGAUUCCAAAGCAGCACAUUCGGUCGCUCAUUAACCAAAACUACACAAUCAAACAUCCACAAACUCUCCAAGAAUCUGAAUUAUUACUCUCUUUUGCCGUUGAAAAUGCAAAAUGCUUAAGUUUUACUUGUACAGAAGUGAUAUUUCCAUGUUUCUGGAUUUGGAUUGAAAUCAAAUUGCGAAUUGGAACGCCCCUGUCUGAGUAUUUGAAUGUAUCUAUGGUAAAAAAAAACAUUUAUAACAAGUUUUGUAAUGCUUGUUUUAUUUUGAUUAUUUCGUUGUUCGAAAA